ACAAACAUGAUGGUAAUAUGGUAGGUGUGGGGAUUCGUUGACCAAACUGAUCUUCUUGCAUAUAGCCUGCAUCCCAGAGUUGUGAAACACGCUUGCUCAGAUCAUUUUGUUUUUGUUCAAUAUCUAUUAUAUCAUGGCAGAGGUUGAUGUUGGUCAGGCAUUUCUUUCCCCUAUCAUUCAAUUGAUUUGUGAGAAAUUAACUUCAACAUAUUUCAGAGACUAUUUCCAUGAAGGGCUGGUGAAAAAACUUGAAAUCACACUGAAGUCUAUCAAUUAUUUGCUGGAUGACGCAGAGACUAAGCAGUACCAAAAUCAACGCGUGGAGAAUUGGCUUGAUGAUGUCAGUAAUGAGGUAUACGAAUUAGAGCAACUAUUGGAUGUGAUUGUUACUGACGCACAACGAAAGGGGAAGAUAAGUCGUUUUCUUUCUGCUUUUAUUAAUCGAUUUGAAUCUAGAAUUAAAGCUUCGCUGGAGAGGCUAGUGUUUCUUGCAGAUCUAAAGUAUGAACUGGGAUUUGAAGUAGCAGCUAAUCCCAGGCUAGAGUUUGGUGGAGUCACCCGCCCGUUUCCAACUGUAUCUUUGGUUGAUGAAUCUCUGAUACUUGGUAGAGAGCAUGAGAAAGAGGAAAUAAUCGAUUUUAUACUUUCAGACAGGGAUGGUGUCAACCGGGUACCCAUAAUCAGUAUAGUGGGUCUGAUGGGGAUGGGUAAGACAGCCCUUGCUCAGCUUGUUUACAAUGACCAUAGGAUACAGGAGCAGUUUGAAUUUAAAGCUUGGGUCUAUGUUCCAGAAUCUUUUGGUCGUCUUCAUCUCAACAAAGAAAUAAUUAAUAUUCAACUCCAACACUUGGUAGCACGGGAUAAUUAUUUACUUGUUCUAGAUGAUGCCUGGAUCAAAGAUAGGAAUAUGUUGGAGUAUUUACUACAUUUUACUUUUCGAGGUAAGAUUAUCGUGACGACACAUGAUAAUGAAGUAGCAUCAGUCAUGAGAUCCAACCGGAUAAUUCAUUUAAGGCAAUUGGAGGAGAGUGACUCUUGGAGUUUAUUUGUGAGACAUGCUUUUGAAGGCAGGAAUAUGUUUGAAUAUCCAAAUCUUGAAUCCAUCGGUAUGAGAAUAGUAGAAAAAUGUGGGGGUUUGCCUUUAGCUCUGAAAACAUUGGGGAUUCUCUUGCAAAGAAAAUUCUCUGAAAUUAAAUGGGUUAAGAUAUUGGAGACUGAUUUGUGGCAUUUCUCCGAAGGUGACAGCAACAGCAUUUUUUCCAUUCUGAGAAUGAGUUACCUUAGCCUACCUUCCAAUCUGAAGCAUUGUUUUGCAUAUUGUUCUAUAUUUCCCAAGGGUUAUGAGUUUGAAAAGGAUGGAUUAAUCAAGCUUUGGAUGGCACAAGGUUUGCUAAAGGGAAUAGCCAAAAAUGAAGAAGAGUUGGGUAAUAAAUUCUUCAAUGAUCUAGUGUCAAUUUCGUUUUUCCAACAAUCAGCAAUUGUGCCAUUCUGGGCUGGUAAGUACUAUUUCAUCAUGCAUGAUCUUGUCCAUGAUUUAGCGACAUCAAUGUCAGGGGAAUUCUGCUUACGAAUAGAGGGUGUGAAAGUGCAAUAUAUCCCUCAAAGGACACGUCACAUUUGGUGCUGCCUUGAUUUGGAAGAUGGUGAUAGAAAACUAAAGCAGAUUCAUAACAUUAAAGGACUACGGAGUCUGAUGGUAGAAGCACAAGGCUAUGGUGAUAAACGCUUUAAGAUAUCCACCAAUGUGCAGUAUAAUUUGUAUUCAAGACUACAAUAUUUACGGAUGUUAUCUUUCAAAGGUUGCAAUCUCUCAGAGCUAGCUGAUGAGAUAAGAAACUUAAAGCUUCUGCGCUAUCUAGACCUUUCUUACACCGAGAUUACAAGCUUACCUGAUUCCAUUUGUAUGUUGUAUAAUUUGCAUACGCUCUUGCUGAAAGAAUGUUUUAAACUACUUGAGCUCCCGCCAAAUUUUUGCAAACUCAUCAAUUUACGUCAUCUUAAUUUGAAAGGCACGCAUAUUAAGAAGAUGCCAAAGGAGAUAAGUGAAUUAAUCAAUCUUGAGAUGCUGACUGAUUUUGUUGUGGGAGAGCAACAUGGAUAUGAUAUUAAGCAGUUGGCAGAACUCAACCACCUUAAAGGAAGGCUUCAAAUUUCAGGAUUGAAAAAUGUGGCUCAUCCAGCAGAUGCUAUGGCAGCAAAUUUGAAAGAUAAGAAACAUUUAGAAGAAUUAAGUUUGUCGUAUGAUGAAUGGAGAGAAAUGGAUGGCUUAGUAACUGAAGCACGUGUCUCGGUCUUGGAAGCUCUUCAACCAAAUAGACACCUCAUGAGACUCACCAUCAAUGACUACAGAGGUAGUAGCUUUCCAAAUUGGCUUGGGGAUCAUCAUCUACCCAAUUUAGUAUCUCUUGAAUUGUUGGGAUGUAAACUCUGUUCCCAGUUGCCACCACUUGGGCAGUUGCCUUCUCUCGAGAAGCUUUCCAUUUCUGGCUGUCAUGGAAUAGAGAUCAUUGGUUCAGAGUUUUGCGGCUAUAAUCCAUCAAAUGUUCCAUUUAGAUCCCUUGAAACUUUGCGGGUUGAGCAUAUGUCUGAAUGGAAGGAAUGGUUAUGUCUUGAAGGUUUCCCAUUGCUUCAAGAGCUUUGUAUAACGCAUUGUCCCAAGUUGAAGAGUGCUCUGCCUCAGCACGUUCCUUGUUUGCAAAAGUUGGAGAUUAUUGAUUGCCAAGAGUUGGAGGCUUCAAUUCCUAAUGCUGCUAAUAUCAGUGAUAUAGAACUAAAGAGAUGUGAUGGCAUUUUUAUAAAUGAAUUGCCAUCAAGCUUGAAAAGGGCCAUCCUUUGUGGAACUCAUGUCAUUGAAAUCACCCUAGAGAAAAUUCUAGUUAGUAGUCCCUUUCUUGAAGAACUGGAAGUUGAAGACUUCUUUGGUCCAAAUCUAGAAUGGUCCUCUUUGGAUAUGUGUAGUUGUAAUUCCCUUCGCACUUUAACUAUAACAGGUUGGCACUCUUCUUCCUUGCCUUUUGCACUACAUUUGUUCACCAAUCUUAAUUCUCUCGUGUUGUACAAUUGUCCGUGGCUGGAAUCGUUUUUUUAGAGGCAGUUGCCUUCCAACCUAAGCAGCCUCCGAAUAGAAAGAUGCCGUAAUUUGAUGGCUACAAUAGAGGAGUGGGGUUUGUUCAAACUCAAAUCUCUGAAACAAUUCAGUCUUAGUGAUGAUUUUGAAAUCUUUGAGUCCUUUCCAGAAGAGAGUAUGCUGCCAUCAACUAUUAACUCUCUUGAGUUGACAAAUUGUUCAAACCUAAGAAAAAUAAACUACAAGGGUCUUCUCCACCUCACUUCACUUGAAUCUCUAUAUAUUGAAGAUUGCCCUUGUCUUGAGAGCUUGCCAGAGGAGGGUCUACCCAGUUCCCUUUCUACUUUGUCCAUUCAUGAUUGUCCAUUAAUUAAGCAGUUGUACCAAAAGGAGCAAGGCAAGCGUUGGCAUACAAUUUCUCAUAUCCCUUCUGUCACAAUUUCCUGAUUGACGGCUGAGAUGAGAUGUUAUUUUUUCCAGAUUGAUAAAUGCUGGUCCUGCUGGUGAGAUUCUCCCAGCCGUUUCAUCAUCAGUAGAGAUGAGAGAAUGCAGCUGAAGAACAGAAGUAAUUACAGCAGCAUCUUCUGUCUUCACAAACGAGUUUUCGAAAUUGACAUCUUUGAGUUUGCUAACUUUGGAUUAAUCUGCAAAGGAAAAUGCAAGUUCCCUGCUUCAGUUGUCAAAUGAUAGCUUAUUUGGUGCAAUACAUCUUUCUUUUCAUGAAUUCCUGUAAUUUUCAGAUUUAUUGUUUCAUAUGAGAAAAAUGGAGAUCAAUAAUGUGAACCACCUUUUCACCUUUCUUGCCUAUUCACGAGUAUUUGGAUUUAAUUGUGUAAUUUAUAUACCCCUGGACUUCUAUUUCU